CCCUGAUGCGUUGUAAAUAAGCAACUAAAAGUCAACAGAUGGAGGCCAUAAAAAGUCUACUUGGAUUUGAGUGGAUGGACAGAAUAAGUAUUGUGAUAUUUUUGUGUGUUUUUGUGCUGUUGGCUGAUAUUUUGAAGAACAGAGUCCCGUCAAACUUUCCUCCUGGACCGUGGGCUCUCCCAUUGAUCGGAGACCUUCAUCGCAUCAAAGCCAGCAGGAUCCAUGUGCAGCUCUCAGAGUUUGCAGAGAAAUAUGGAAAGAUUUUCAGCCUGCGGCUCUUUGGUGGAAGAGUUGUGGUCAUCAAUGGCUACAAGCUUGUGAGAGAGGCCCUGGUCCAAAAAGGGGAGGACUACGUUGAUCGCCCCGUCAUACCUAUGUUUUAUGCAAUGAUGGGGGACAAGGGUCUGGUGAUGUCAAACAGCAAUCCAUGGAAGCAACAGAGGAGAUUCGCUCUUCACACUCUCAGGAACUUUGGAGUGGGCAAGAAGACUCUGGAGCCAUCCAUCCAGCAGGAGGGCCAAUAUCUCACCGAGGCUCUUGCCAAUCACAAAGGACAGCCUAUGAAUGCUCAGCCACUGAUAAUCAGUGCUGUGUCCAACAUUAUCAACUGCCUUGUGUUUGGACAUCGCUACGAGUACGCUGACAAGCGGUUCCAGAGUAUUCUUCAGGACUUGAAAGAGAUUGUGCUCUUACAGGGAAGUUCAAGUGUACAGAUUUAUAACACGUUCCCCUGGCUGAUGAAGUGGCUGCCUGGAUCUCACAACAAGAUUUUAACUAUGUUCAAAAGGAUCGUUGACUUUGUUGAAAUCAAGAUCAAAGAACACAGAGAUAGUCUAGACCCGUCCUCACCAAGAGACUACAUCGACUGCUUCCUCACAGAGAUGGGAGAGAGAGACGACAAAGAUUCUAAUUUUGAUAUCGAGAAUUUGUGUUUUUGCACUCUGGACCUGUUUGGUGCUGGAACUGAAACUACUACCACUACUCUACACUGGGGACUGCUGUACAUGAUCCACUACCCUCAAAUACAAGAGAGAGUCCAGGCUGAGAUAGACGCUGUGAUUGGUUCAUCCAGAGUGCCCUCUCUAAAUGACAAAGAAGACAUGCCCUAUACUAAUGCAGUCGUUCAUGAGAUCCAGAGAAUGGCCGACAUCGUUCCCCUUAAUGUGAGCCGCAUGGCAACCAAAGACACAACACUCGACAAGUACACAAUCCCAAAGGGCACCAUCAUCAUGCCCACCUUGAACUCGGUUCUUCACGAUGAGGCGAUGUGGGAAACUCCGCACUCCUUCAACCCUCAACACUUUCUGGAUCAGGACGGCCAGUUUAGGAAGAGAGAGGCCUUCCUUCCUUUCUCAGCAGGGAAGCGUGUGUGUAUCGGGGAGCCGCUGGCCAAGAUGGAAAUAUUCCUCUUUUUUACCUCCCUUCUUCAGAGGUUUUCUUUCUCUGCAGCUGAUGGAGAGCAGCCCAGCCUGGAUUUUGUUUUAGGAUUCACUCGCAGUCCCAAACCUUACCGGCUCUGUGCUGUACCCCGAUAAACCACCAGCUGUCCCAGACUCAAUCAAGUUUCUGUGAAGGAAAAUUUCAACAGAGAAUUUAAUUUGUAUUCUGUGUCUUAAUUUGUUUCAAUUAUUGCUGAUAAAAGGUCACAUAUUCUGCAGAAUCCACUUCACCAUGUUUCUCUAACUCUAAUAUGUGUCCUUAGUCUGUCUACAAAACCCCCAAUCAUGAGAAAAGUCCAUCCUCUCCGUCUUUUACCUGCUCCACUUUUCAGAAAAUGUGUGCUCAAUCAGGCCUUUCGAAGAUUUUCCCUUCAUGACAUCACAAAGGGCAGUAACCCCUCCCCCAGGUGGGUGACACUCCCACAGCUAGGUGUUUGUUCUGCCCUCUGAGUCUGCCUUCUCACCGUAAACAAUAAGACAUGGAGCUAGAAAGCUUGAGUCACCCAAGCCCUUCCCGAGAAGGACGUGGUCGGACACAGCUCAUUUACAUAUUUAAAGCUACAGACACAUAAACAGCCUGUUCUGAGCAGGGCUGAAAUAGAGGGGUUUAUAGACAUGAUCAAAUACAGGAUCAGAGUGGAUUUAGAACAAGAAACUUCACACACAUUUUGGGGAGCUCUGAGUUUUAAUUAAACUGGUUAAAGAGGAGGGAACAUGUGACCUUUAAUUCUUCCACUUUUCAAACGCUGUACCGUCUGAUUGUUCCAUGUCAAGUCUUACCAGUAAAAAUACCAUGAACAUACCUGCAUUCUGGAAAUCAAAGGGACUACAAACAUUAGCAACCAUCACAACUAAAAUAGAUAUGUUUUUUGUUUUGUUUUUUUUUAACAUUGGAGGUGACCUUCUUCAAGCUUACAGUCUUUCUUUUUUCAAAAGAGCCUUCCUACUAAAAGGCGGACUCUAUUUAAGUGUCAGUUCACAAACAACAAUGGCCUUUAAUGUACCUAUAUUGGGUUCUUCUUCAACAAACUUAUAAACAGAUAAAAAGUGGCUCUUCGUUGAGAUCACAAAAGUGAAAAAGAUUACUGGAUGAACAUUUAUGUAUUCACAUGUUAACAUUUGAUGGAAUAUAUAUGUAGUGGCGUGCCUAGAGGGGUGACAUGGGGCCCCUUGAAAACUGAUAAGCCACCCCAGGUGCCUCUCCAAAACACUAAACUAUGACUGGCUACUUGCCUUGUCAGAGGCGGUACUUGUGUUUCAAUUGAGUAUUCAUGCCAGAAGUAGUUUUCUUUACAUGUCAAUGUAGUUAGUAGUUUUACGUUUUGUUAAUACUUUAAAUAGAAAAAAAACUGUAAAUGUAUUUAUUGAAUAAGAAACAACCUGAGAAAAUGAAUGAGUCUAUGAAAAAUGGUGGGGAGCAGAGGGUAUUUUUUUUAACAGAAUCCCACCGUGACAUCACAAGGAGAGCGAAUUAGAAACUGAGCAUUUUUCUCUGUUGUAAGACUUAUGCAGACCACAAACAAAGGACUGGAUGGGUUUAUUUCACAUUUUGUGUCAGUAGACACUGAGGUUACCCAACUAAAUGUUCAAAAACACUUUACAAGUGGAUUUUUUAAUUAUAUUUAUUUUAGAAUAUGUCUCCUUUAGGCAGAAUAUGCUAUUUUUCACACAAAUGUAAUAUAAAUCAAGUAUAUCCUCUGAAAAUAA